GUGGCUUUGGGAUUGGCAUACUUGCACUCCAGGAAGGUGAUACAUGGAGACCUGCGAGGUCGUAAUGUCCUUAUAGACGGGCAAGGCCGUCCUCGUCUGGCUGAUUUCGGUUUAUGCCACAUGUUCAAUGAGGCGGCAACGAUUACAAAUACUUCGCAGAAGCAUUUUGCACGAUGGGACGCGCCAGAACUGCUGGACCCCGGAGAAUUUGGUGAAGACGAAAGCAACCUCGGGAGCAAGCCUACUUUCAAAGGCGACGUUUACGCAUUUGCAUGCGUCUGCUACGAGAUCUACACUACUAAGCCGCCCUUUCACGAGAUUCGUCGCGAGGCAACCGUCAUUGUCCGCGUACUCAAUGGCCAACGGCCGAGGCGCCCAGUCAAGUGCGAUGGCUACGCGAUAGUGCCAUCGGACAAGAUAUGGUCUCUAAUCGAGGAGUGCUGGGACCAGCAAAGCCAUAAUCGUCCGACAAUGAGCGCUGUUUUACAGCGGCUUGAUGGUAUAUCAGCCAAUUCGACAAUCCGUUGA